UAUUUUUGUUUAAUUCGAUUCAAAGCAGCAACGCCCCUGACGCCUGAAUCUUCUCUCUCUUUCCUCGUGCCAUUACCGCACUAUCGCUAGCUAUUGCUCUCUGUGCUUGUGAUCAUCGUUUUCCCAAGUAACGUCUCUCCUCGACUUUUUCUCUGCUAGAUCUCGCAUUGCUCUCUCAUGUUAUGCUUACCUGUUUCUUCUAUCUCUAAUCCCAUCUUAGUCGCGGCCAUGAUUCCGAGAUUGUUCGAAACCCAAGCGAUUUAGUCUCAGCUCUUACUUUUUUCUCUGAACGAAUUUUUCGUUGUGUUUUUUGAAUCUCUGAUUUCAGACGGAGAACGAGAGAACGUCGUUCGAGGAACGAAACGGAAAGAGAGCGAGCGAGAAUGGGGAUGGAAGAAGGAGCAGGUGUUGAUAAGAAGAUAACGAUUGGAGUCUGCGUCAUGGAAAAGAAGGUGAAAUGCGGCCCCGAGGUUUUCUCAGCUCCCAUGGGACAGAUUAUGGACAGGAUACAUGCCUUUGGCGAAUUUGAGGCUGUAGUUUGUUCUCCACUUGGAGAAAAAAAUGCCUCUUGGUUAGACUUAGCUCUAAUUUGUGAUUUCAAUUUUAUUGGAAGAUGUUUUCCUGGUUGGCCGAUUUGUGAUUGUUUGAUUGCUUUCUAUUCCUCUGGAUAUCCUCUUGAGAAAGUUCAAGCAUAUUCUUCUUUAAGAAAGCCCUUUUUAGUGAAUGAACUCGAUCCGCAAUAUCUUCUUCAUGACCGCCGGAAAGUGUAUGAGCAUCUUGAGAUGUAUGGUAUCCCAGUUCCUAGAUAUGCCUGUGUUAAUAGAAAAGUACCGGACGAAGAUCUUGAUUAUUUCGUCGAGGAAGAAGAUUUUGUUGAGGUUAAAGGUGAACGAUUCUGGAAGCCAUUUGUGGAAAAGCCCGUCAAUGGAGAUGACCAUAGUAUAAUGAUAUACUACCCUAGCUCAGCUGGUGGAGGCAUGAAAGAAUUGUUUCGUAAGGUUGGGAAUCGAUCAAGUGAGUUUCAUCCUGAUGUCAGAAGAGUAAGGAGGGAAGGCUCUUAUAUAUAUGAGGAGUUUAUGCCUACUGGGGGAACUGAUGUCAAGGUCUACACUGUGGGUCCCGAAUAUGCACACGCUGAAGCAAGAAAAUCACCGGUUGUUGAUGGUGUAGUAAUGAGGAAUCCAGAUGGGAAGGAAGUGAGAUAUCCAGUUUUACUUACACCUGCUGAGAAGCAAAUGGCGAGAGAAGUUUGCAUUGCAUUUAGGCAAGCGGUCUGCGGAUUUGAUCUCCUACGAUCUGAGGGAAGUUCAUAUGUUUGUGACGUAAAUGGAUGGAGUUUUGUGAAGAACUCCUAUAAGUAUUACGACGAUGCUGCUUGUGUGCUACGGAAAAUGUUUUUGGAUGCAAAGGCUCCUCAUCUGUCUUCAACAAUUCCUCCCAUUCUGCCAUGGAAAAUCAACGAACCUGUCCAAUCUAAUGAAGGUCUUACUCGCCAAGGAAGUGGCAUCAUUGGAACUUUUGGACAGUCAGAGGAGCUACGCUGUGUCAUUGCUGUUGUUCGGCAUGGUGAUAGAACCCCCAAGCAGAAAGUGAAACUAAAAGUUACGGAGGAGAAACUGUUAAACCUGAUGUUGAAGUACAAUGGAGGAAAACCAAGAGCUGAGACCAAACUUAAAAGUGCCGUCCAAUUGCAAGAUCUAUUGGAUGCCACAAGAAUGUUAAUUCCUCGUACAAGAUCAGGUGAAAGUGAUAGUGAUGCAGAAGACCUUGAACACGCUGACAAGCUUCGGCAAGUUAAAGCCGUUCUUGAAGAGGGUGGACAUUUCUCUGGCAUAUACAGGAAGGUUCAACUGAAGCCGUUGAAAUGGGUUAACGUACCAAAAAGUGAUGGUGAAGGUGAAGAGGAACGCCCAGUGGAAGCUCUUAUGGUUCUGAAAUACGGGGGUGUUCUAACUCAUGCUGGUAGAAAGCAGGCCGAAGAACUUGGUAGAUACUUUCGAAACAAUAUGUAUCCAGGGGAAGGUACCGGUUUGCUCCGUCUCCAUAGCACAUACCGUCACGACCUUAAAAUUUACAGCUCUGACGAGGGACGUGUUCAGAUGUCUGCAGCUGCUUUUGCCAAAGGCCUGCUUGACCUAGAAGGACAGCUGACCCCAAUCCUGGUUUCUCUGGUCAGUAAGGACUCUUCCAUGUUGGAUGGCCUUGAUAAUGCCAGCAGUGAAAUGGAAGCAGCUAAGGCUCAACUAAAUGAGAUCAUAACCGCCGGCUCAAAGAUGGUACAUGAUUACGUCUCUUCUGAAUUACCUUGGAUGACUGAUGGGGCUGGACUUCCUCCUCACGCUGAUGAGCACCUACCUGAAUUGGUAAAAUUAGCUAAAAAGGUGACUGAACAAGUGAGGCUACUUGCAAAAGAUGAACACGAGAAUCUCGCAGAGCCUAGCGCUUAUGAUGUAGUCCCUCCAUAUGAUCAAGCUAAGGCCCUUGGCAAGUCAAACAUUGACGUUGGUCGGAUUGCUGCUGGAUUACCUUGUGGUAGUGAAGGGUUCCUUUUGAUGUUUGCUCGGUGGAGAAAACUCGAAAGGGAUCUCUACAACGAAAGAAGAGACCGGUUUGACAUAACGCAGAUUCCUGAUGUUUACGAUUCAUGCAAGUAUGACCUGUUACAUAAUUCUCAUCUCGAUUUAAAAGGAUUAGACGAACUCUUCAAAGUAGCGCAGUUGCUUGCAGAUGGUGUAAUCCCAAAUGAGUAUGGGAUCAAUCCACAGCAAAAGCUCAAAAUCGGUUCAAAGAUUGCACGGCGCCUGCUAGGUAAAAUCCUGAUUGACUUGAGGAACACUCGAGAAGAGGCCAUGAGUGUUGCUGAAUUGAAGAACAGUCAAGAUCAAGUCUCAGUGUCAUUGUAUUCGUCAAGAAAGGAGGAUAGAUAUAGUCAACCAAAACUUUUCGUUAAAAGCGAUGAGUUGAGACGGCCUAGCACUGGAGAGAAUAAAGAAGAAGAUGAUGAUAAAGAAACCAAAUACAGACUCGAUCCAAAGUAUGCAAAUGUCAUGACGCCUGAACGUCAUGUGAGGACACGUCUUUACUUCACAUCUGAAUCACAUAUUCAUUCUCUGAUGAACGUUCUACGGUAUUGUAACCUUGACGAAUCUCUUCAAGGAGAAGAAAGUCUGGUCUGCCAAAGCGCAUUGGAUCGUCUAUGUAAAACCAAAGAACUCGAUUACAUGAGCUAUGUUGUCCUAAGACUGUUUGAGAACACUGAGAUAUCUCUGGACGACCCGAAACGAUUCAGAAUCGAACUUACAUUUAGCCGUGGGGCAGAUUUAUCUCCCUUAGAGAAGAAGGACGAGGAAGCAGAAUCAUUGCUUCGGGAACACACACUUCCGAUAAUGGGACCAGAGAGGCUUCAAGAGGUUGGUUCAUGUUUGACUCUCGAGACAGUGGAGAAGAUGAUACGACCAUUUGCAAUGCCGGCAGAGGAUUUCCCUCCGCCGUCAAUUCCGGCAGGCUUCUCCGGUUACUUCUCCAAAAGCGCCGCCGUUCUGGAGCGUCUUAUGGGUUUGGAUGCUGUUAAAGCUAAAGGGGAUUGGAAAUCGGAGAAACCUAAAGAGACUGAGAAUAAGAGCAAGAAGAAGAAGAACAGUGACCUUGAUGCUUCUUCUUCUUCUACUAUCUAUGGCUCUACCUGCACUGUUGCAACAAUUGAAAGUAAAUCGGCAAAUGAGAAACUAAAUGAUCAACCUGUUGGUCCAGUUUCCUCCACAACAACAACUAGCAAUGCAGAAAGCUCUUCAUCUACUCCUAUGAUCAGUGAAGAACUUAAGAUUUCUUCUCACCUCAGGAAGUUUACUUUCAAUGAUCUUAAGCUAUCAACUAGAAAUUUCAGACCGGAGAGUCUUCUUGGAGAAGGUGGUUUUGGUUGUGUCUUUAAAGGAUGGAUCGAAGAAAACGGAACUGCUCCUGUUAAACCUGGUACUGGCCUUACAGUUGCAGUUAAAACCUUAAAUCCUGAUGGACUUCAAGGUCACAAAGAAUGGCUUGCUGAGAUUAAUUUCCUUGGUAACCUUCUCCAUCCAAAUCUAGUUAAGCUGGUUGGUUAUUGCAUCGAAGAUGAUCAAAGGUUGCUUGUGUAUGAGUUUAUGCCUCGAGGAAGUUUAGAGAAUCACCUUUUCAGAAGGUCGUUGCCUCUUCCUUGGUCUAUCCGGAUGAAGAUUGCAUUAGGUGCUGCAAAAGGUCUCAGUUUCCUCCAUGAAGAAGCUUUGAAGCCUGUUAUUUAUCGAGAUUUCAAAACAUCAAACAUAUUACUUGAUGCAGACUACAAUGCAAAACUAUCAGAUUUUGGACUUGCCAAAGAUGCUCCUGAUGAAGGCAAAACCCAUGUUUCUACUAGGGUUAUGGGUACAUAUGGCUAUGCUGCUCCCGAAUAUGUAAUGACCGGUCACUUGACAUCAAAGAGCGAUGUUUAUAGUUUUGGGGUGGUUCUGCUUGAAAUGCUGACUGGGCGACGAUCUAUGGACAAAAACCGCCCAAAUGGUGAACACAACUUAGUGGAAUGGGCAAGACCACAUCUCCUUGACAAAAGAAGGUUUUACCGGUUACUUGAUCCGAGGCUUGAGGGCCAUUUCUCAAUCAAAGGUGCUCAAAAGGUGACUCAGCUUGCUGCACAGUGUCUUAGCCGUGACCCCAAGAUUAGGCCAAAGAUGAGUGAUGUUGUCGAAGCACUUAAACCACUUCCGCAUCUCAAAGACAUGGCAAGCUCUUCUUACUACUUCCAGACAAUGCAAGCGGAACGUUUGAAAAAUGGGUCAGGUCGAUCUCAGGGAGGAAGUGGAUUUGGAUCAAGAAACGGGCAACACCAACCCGUGUUUCGAACACUGUCUAGUCCUCAUGGUCAACAUGGUUCUUCGCCUUAUCGACAUCAGAUUCCUUCUCCAAAGCCUAAAGGAGCAACUACAUAGCUCUUGCGUGGUGGACAAAAGGACAAUGCGUUUGUGAGGCCGAUGAUUGAAAAUGAUGUUUUUUACAGGCUUAAUUAGUCUUGUUGCUGUUCAAAACCUACAAGUCAUGCUUGUUACUUUUCUCACUUUCAGGUUUGAUUUAUGUUGGCUUUUUCUUGUAACAAGAACUUUUUCCUUACAAGAGGUUGUCAAGAGCUCUGGAUAUUUAAGUUGAAUCCAUAAAAAAAAACAAAGUAAUGGACUGAAA